CAGAGAACGUUCCGGAGAUAACCGGUCGGAGGAUAACCAUGGAUCUCCGUGUUUUGGGUCUUAUUCUGUUAAUGCAGCGGAUAUGUUCGGGGCUCCAAGUAUCGGUUGCCAAUUCCUCUCAAAAUGCGUUGGUUGGCUCUCGUGUUCUUCUCCCCUGUCGCUUCCGUGUAGACGACCCCUCUGUGAACCUGAAUUUUCUUGCCAUAUUCUGGAAAGUUAAUGGCAGAGAAGUCCUGAAAUAUGACAGCAAAGGAAUGAUUUCCCACCGAAGGAUGACAAUAGAUGAAAAGGGGUUCGUGAACGGGGACGUCUCGCUGUCCGUACACAACGUGACCAUCUCCGACGAGGGUCUCUACGAGUGCUUAGUGAUCUACAGCCCGGAUAAGCAGGAAAAGGCCAUCCAACUACAUGUUCAAGCUGCCCCAACUGUCAAAAUCACUAAAAAAGCUCUUCUGCCCAAUAAGAAAAACCGGAUACUCUGUUCGGUCAGCGACUUUUACCCGCAAGAUGUUACGGUGACUUGGCUGUUGAACGGGCGGAUUGUAAGUGAUGCAAAUCUGCAUGAACCCCGGAUAAACGCAGACAGGACCUUCAGCGUCAACAGCUCUGCGCUCAUCGUCCCAAAUGGGAGCCAGGAGAACCAUCUCAUUGAGUGCCAGGUGGAACACGCGUCUCUAGUGGCCCCCGUUAAGGACGAAUUCAUGGCGGGAUAUGGAGCGGCUCCCACCGUCAGGGUCUUCUCGGCUAAGUCAGACGCAGACCAGGACCAGAUCUUUGUCUGCGAUGUCAGAGGAUUUUACCCCGAGCCGGUGGCAAUAAACUGGCUGCUGGAUGGAAGAAGGGUCGAGGCGUCCAGCAGAAACGAGGACGGAAAAUUUAAUAAAAAAAGUUUCUACCACGUACCCCAUUCAUCCAGUAACCAAACAAAGGAAAUCUCCUGCGAGGUGGACCACGAGACCCUCCUCAAUCCGGUUACUAAGACCCAGGAAAUUAAAAGCGACUAUGGCCAGUCCUAUCACUUCGGCUUAUUCCCCGCUCUGCUCCUGCUGAUCCUCGUCAUCGGAUUUCUAUUCAGUAAAAGGAUCCCUAAGUUCGUGGUCAGCGACAUACAUCAGCCGCAAGUGUCGAGUGAAGAGAGGACGGUGUCUUUUUAUUGCGCGGCUUUAAAUUGUCCAAAGGAAGUUCGGGUUUCCUGGACGGUGACCGACACAGAAAGGCGAGCCCUGAAAUUAUCAGAUGAUCCAGAGAACGGCGAGGAGGAGAAGUUACUCGGCUGUGAUAAUUAUGCGGUGAGAACCUGCCGUUCUGAGGUCGACGGACUGCACAGCGCCAUCGCCAUACUAAGCUUCACCCCGCGAGAGAAGCAGCACAGCGACAUGCGGAUAGCCUGCGAGAUAUCGUGUGAUGGAAAAAGCAAAGAGAAGAAAAUCCAAUGGAGCUACGUACUGGCAAAGCCUCGGAUGCCGGAGAAGAUCCGCCUGUCCCUGUGUGACUCCGGAGAAGUCCUCUGCUCCGCUGCUCUGAAGGAUUUUUACCCAAAAAGUAUCCGGAUCGCAUGGAGCUCUGGAGCCGGACGUUACCUGGAUCUGGACACCGUUAGAAAUACGGUUACAAGAAACAAGCAGCUGAAGUUUGACGCGGAAAGCGAAUGCCGAGUCCCCGGGCAUCUGUUUAGAGAGCCUGGGUUUAAAGUCCGUGUAACCUGGGAACAUGAAGCCCUGAAUGAGUCCGAGUCCCGGGAGGUGACCGCAGCAGACAUUCCCUGGCACCCGCGGAUGGGAGAGAUCAUCGUACCGGAUAUUAUAGACGGCACCGAGGCCAAACUGCAGUGUACCAUCUCUGGGUAUUUCCCCGACGCUCUGGAUGUGAAAUGGUUAAAGAAGGAGCGCGGGAAGCCGGAUUUAUUCCCGCUGCUUCCCAACGAAACCUACAAGAUUCCAAUACGGGAAGUCACCCAGACAGGCGAUCGGACUUUUACCUGCACGGCCGUUCUGAUUGCCAAGGUCUCGAUAAAAACAGACUUCGGGACGGAAUUCGUCUGCCAGGUGGGGCAUCCCAGUGUGGGGGGGCGGCUGGAGAAAAGAACCGGGGAGCUGAGAGUGACAGGAAUGGAAUCUGUGAAUAUUAAACAUUUAAAAGAUCACCUGGCGGCUGAGGUUGACCGUUUUUACCCCAAAGACAUUAAAGUCACGUGGAGUCGGACUAAGAACAAGAAUUAUGAGAAUUAUGAUGAGAUAACCAAUGAGCUGUCAGAAAACAGCGACGGAACCUUCCGACUCGUGAGCAAACUUCCUCUCCAGAAGACAACACAAAACAAAAAGCAUAUAAAGGUUGAGGUGGAACAUCGCUCCCUUGGGUCCCCGGUGGAGAAGUUCAUCGUCUGUGAGAAAGGAAGCAUACUUAAGUACACUUCCUGCAACUGCUUGAGAGUACGCCCUUUAAACUCAAUGACAGCUGAGCUCCCCCGGGACUCCAUGAAAGAAAUGGCAGCCAAUCGCAUGUAUCCUAGGGGCCAUGGAGAGCAGCCACCAUGUUUAUUUAAUACGCCAUGCAUUCAACAGCCGCCAACUGUCCUGAGACGUCUCCUCCAGCCGAAGGACCCGGAAAUACGGACACCGGAGCGCGGGAAGCCAGAUUUAUUCCCGCUGCUUCCCAACGAAACCUACAAGAUUCCGAUACGGGAAGUCACCCAGACGGGCGAUCGGACUUUUACCUGCACGGCCGUUCUGAUUGCCAAGGUCUCGAUAAAAACAGACUUCGGGACGGAAUUCGUCUGCCAGGUGGGGCAUCCCAGUGUGGGGGGGCGGCUGGAGAAAAGAACCGGGGAGCUGAGAGUGACAGGAAUGGAAUCUGUGAAUAUUAAACAUUUAAAAGAUCACCUGGCGGCUGAGGUUGACCGUUUUUACCCCAAAGACAUUAAAGUCACGUGGAGUCGGACUAAGAAGAACAAGAAUUAUGAGAAUUACCCUGACUCCGAGAUAACCAAUGAGCUGUCAGAAAACAGCGACGGAACCUUCCGACUCGUGAGCAAACUUCCUCUCCCGAAGCCAGUAAAAAAUAAGCAACCUUUCUGGAAGUCAGUCCUAAAAAAUACGCAUAUAACGGUUGAGGUGGCACAUCGUUCUCUUGGGUCUCCAGUGAAGAAGUUCAUCUUAUUUGAGAACGGGGCCACGGAGAGCAGCCGCCAUGUUUAUUUAAUAAAUAAUAGCACCAACGAGAGGACUGAACUGAUUCCACCAUCGAGCGCCGUCCGACGUGGAGAUCCGGGGGGUCCCGGUGCAGACGCCAUGCAUUCAACAGCUGCCAACUGUCCUGAGACGCCUCCUCCAGCCGAAGGACCCGGAAAUACAGACACCGGAAUGGUGCCUGAGAUAAAUGAAAAGGAGCAAAAAGAUGAAAAGGAGCAAAAUGAAGAAAAGGAGCAAAACGAAGAAAAGGAGCAAAACGGUGAAAAGGAGCAAAAUGGUGAAAAGGAGCAAAACGAAGAAAAGGAGCAAAACGGUGAAAAGGAGCAAAAUGGUGAAAAGGAGCAAAGCGAUGUAAUCGUGAACCUGGAAAGUGAAGAGACUCGAAAAGGUUUAUAAAGUAGUGAAUGCAGGACAAGCCCUGACCGGCAUCCGGCACGUGGGGCAAAACCCCAUUAUCUACAACUUUUACUAACUGUGAAACCCUUACUGAUAAUCAUUCAUUCACUUAACUGUCACUUUAAAGGUGAUCUCUUUUUUUUACUCUGAUUAAAAAUACAUUU